AUGACUGAUGGUUUCUGGUUAUUCGAAGGCUUGGAAGAAGAACCAUACGGUUUGCUGCCACUCGUCAACUUAUCUGGAAAAGGUGGUCCGACAAGUACUAAAUAUGUAGACAGAAUUGGAAGUUACCAGUGGUACCUGCCUGAUGAUACGCCUACUAUAUUGAUCCCCGGAAUGCCGGUCGAGUCAUUCUUCUGGCCUGGUGGCAAGCUGACUCAGGACCACGGAGUAGUGAUCUAUGACGUCAAUCAUCUCAAGGUACGAGAUGGAUCGUUGGAUGCGGCCAUUAUUGCUGCAAAACUGCUUUCCGAGAAAAAGAAGAAACCGCUCGAUUUUGGACAAUUCGAUUUCAUCACCGAUGCCGUGAAUUUGCAGAAACUUUUUGCAUUCUGUCAGGAAGCUGGAGAAGGUCUAUUUCGGAUCGACUGCGAACGAGUAGGCAAAACAUGUAUUCUUUCCAGAGUGGAAGCAUCAGAUCUCAUGGAAAUCGGUCACGUCACUUUUGAUCAGAACCUCAAAAAGAAGAUGACACGGCCACGAGGAAAACAUGCGACAGGACCUUUCGAACAGUUGAUGGCUUACCAGUUUGGCUCAUUUCGUAUAAUGGUUCGAUUUGAAGUGGACUGCGCUGACUUCGCUGCUGUAAAAUGUCCACCAGUUACCGUUGACGCUUCCGAGGCUCUACCUGAAAAGAAGAAGACACCUGAGAAUUCAAAUAUUGAGAUCAUAGAAUAUGGUGAAAUGCCCCGAGAUGUACCACUACAGCUUUUGACCACUUAUCCUCAAGGUGCAGGAUUUCCAUUUUUCACUUGGGCACAGCUCUUCUUUACUAAUGCGAAUCAGGAAAUUGUUGGUUGGUUCAAAGGAAAUGGCGACUUCGGCAAACCCUCAAUCUACACACAGCAAGAUAUUUCUAAAAUGAUGAAACCGCUCCCAUAUGUUACACUAAGCAGAGUACACGACUGCCUCGGAAAAAUCCACAAAUUUCUCACGAAAAACGAUCCAGAAUUCCGAUGUGGGCUCAUUUGGAAAGGCAAAAAUCACCUAGAAAUUUUUGCUAAGGAUCCUGCAUCCAAUGGUGGUCUUUCCAAAGGAGUUCGAGAAUUUUUGUCCACACAAUGCAAAGAUGUUGUUGAUGAUGAAGAGAAGUAAGCGAUAUUGCCUCAACUAAAUUUUAUAUCUCUUUUUUGUAUGUAACUGUUCUUGCCAUAGCCAUAAAUUCCGAGUCGUAAUGUAAUAACCUAAGCAUAUUGUCUCUACAUUUAACUCUAUAUGCUAGUCUCGUUGUUGAUUGUGUCACGAAAAAAAAUUACGUGUUAAUAUUGUAUAUCAGUCAAUAAAUAAAGCUUUGCAAUUGAAC